GCGGCUGGGGAUCCAAACGCGGCGCAGUGUGGAGUGUGAACUUUUUUGGAUGGAUGGUUCUCCACAAAGCUGCAGGCAGCGAUACCGGAAGCCAAGCAGUCGGUCCGUUCCGCUUUGAAAUGGGCAGCUGCAGGAAGCAAUGCCGGAGGCGGGGAAAGUAAUAGUCUCGUUCUGGACAGGCAGUGCAUUAGUCGUCUAAACAGACAGACAUGUCGCUAUAGGGUCAUAGCAGCCAUGGGAUAGUGAGGCUUUAUGUAAUGAUGGUGAAAAUAGGGAUGAUGUGUGGUGUACAGGGUUCACUGUAUAUUGACUCUGCACCUCAAUGACAGUAUGGGUCUGCUGUGGUUAGAGCAACUGCACACCUCUCUGCUGUCGCACAUAGGCAUUAUAGCUUGUGUAAUAUUCCUCACGGUCUAUUAUUCCGUUUGCACCUACAAGAAACGACAGGAUCUAUCAAAUAUUCCUCCCGGUCCAAAACCAUGGCCAGUAGUGGGCAACUUUGGCGGAUUUCUCAUCCCUUCUUUUGUGUGGCGGAGGCUCGGAAAGCUGCAGGAAUCAGAUGGACCCGAAAAAUCAACUGUCAUGUCCCCUCAAGUGUUUCUGAUGGAGCAAGCCAAACUUUACGGCAACGUGUACAGCAUUUUUGUAGGGAGUCAGCUGGUCGUUGUGCUCAAUGGCUACGAGGUGGUGAGGGAUGCGCUGUCCAGCCGUGCUGACGUGUUUUCUGACAGACCAGACAUCCCUGCUAUCACCAUCAUGACCAAACGCAAAGGGAUAGUCUUUGCACCUUAUGGUCCAGUGUGGAGAAAGCAGCGCAAGUUCUGCCACACCACUCUCCGAACCUUUGGCCUGGGAAAGUUGAGCUUGGAGCCGUGCAUCCUGGAAGGCCUGGCUAUUGUCAAAGCGGAGCUGUUGCGGUUCAGCGAGGAGUCUGGUGGCUCUGGUGUGGAUUUGAGUCCUCUGAUCACCAAUGCAGUGUCCAACGUCAUCUGCUCCAUGAGCCUGGGUCAGCGUUUCCAUCACCAGGACCGUGAGUUCGGCACCUUGCUCGACCUGAUGGCACGCGGCCUGGAGAUUAGUGUUAACAGUCCUGCAGUCCUCAUCAACAUAUUUCCACCGCUGUACUACCUGCCAUGUGGGGUCUUCAAGGAGCUACGGCAGGUGGAAAGGGACAUAACAGUGUUUCUGAAGAGGAUUAUUGCGAGGCACAGGUCAACAUUAGAUCCUGAUAACCCAAGGGAUCUGAUAGACAUGUACCUGGCAGAGAUGUUGGCGCAACAAGCUGCUGGAGAGACUGACAGCAGCUUCACAGAGGAUUAUCUCUUCUAUAUUAUAGGGGAUCUAUUCAUUGCUGGCACUGAUACCACCACUAACUCAGUGCUGUGGAUUCUGCUUUUCAUGGUCGUAUACACUGAUGUCCAAGAGAAGGUCCAGGCUGAGAUUGAUGAGGUGGUGGGCCGAGAUCGCGUCCCGUCGCUGACUGAUAAGGGAAGGUUGCCGUUUACAGAGGCCACCAUCAUGGAGGUGCAGAGAAUGACUUCAGUGGUUCCUCUGGCUAUUCCUCACAUGACCUCAGAGAAAACAGAGUUCAGAGGCUAUACCAUUCCCAAGGGGACAGUCAUUAUUCCCAACUUGUGGUCUGUCCAUAGAGAUCCUACUGUGUGGGACAAACCAGACAGUUUCAACCCAGCUCGCUUUUUGGAUGACGAAGGAAAUCUGUUGAGGAAAGAGUGCUUCAUUCCAUUUGGGAUUGGUCGCCGGGUUUGCAUGGGUGAGCAGCUAGCUAAGAUGGAGCUGUUCCUGAUGUUUACCAGCUUAAUGCAGGCCUUCACAUUCAGGCUACCAGAGGGACGGCCUCCUCCCCCCAUGCAUGGACGCUUCGGCCUGACGUUGGCACCCUGCCCAUACACUGUGUGUGUGAGCCCCCGUAGCUGAGGCUGCCAGUGACUGGUCCAGGUGGCCUGGUUAAUAUCAGAAAGGGUCUCAAUAAACAAGCUGCUUUAUUCCCCUAUUUCAACCUCAAAAGGCUAAAAAAGUGAAAAAGUGUUAAUUGUCGAAUUCUAUGAAUAUUUUUUGACUGAAGUUCAGUGUGGCUCUUUUGCACAUGCCUCGUACAUAGAAAGAAAACAGCUGAGUAUCUGUUUUGGCAUUUUAUAUUUUAUAAUGCAUUUCAUUAAGCCAGUGACCUAGAGACUGAGUCUCACCUCUCCAAGGCUAGGGGAACAACCUGUCAUUAAACAGAUUUUCUUAAUGAUGUAAAUCAUUUGAUCUUGUUGUAUUUAGAGUGGGGUUUACCACAGAGUGGAUUAAUGAGGUGUGUGUAUCGUGUGCAAGAUAAAGUUACACAGUCUGCAGUAAGUGUUAAAUGGAGAAUGUAUGUGUAUUAUGUGAAAAAAAGCUGUAUAAAUAAUGGAAUUUUCUAUUUUAUAACACAUUUCUCUUAAGGCAUUAGGUCAGCAGUGAUUUUAGAUUGAAUCUCUACCCUCGAAGGCCAGAUUGAGUUUUCCACUCAAUAAUAUUUAAGUAUCUUUACUUACAUACUCGAUGUAUGGAUUUAUGGCAAACUGUCAAUAAACAGAUUUUCUUAA